UUUUAAAUACUUAAAUCUUUCUAGAAAAAUUUAUAAAGUUCCAUAGAUAUCAGCAAUUCAUAAAUUCCAAGGGGUUUUUGGAUAACUAUUUAAAAAAAAAAUCACCAACAGAAAAAUUUCACUUCUCAUUUUUUAAAAAAAAAAGUGUACACGCAUACAUGGAGCUAAAUUACUGUGCUCAGUCACAGGGUGACAGAAAAAAAAAGUCACCACCAUAAAAGGAUGUCUGCAUAAUCUCUCUUAAAACAACAUGCCAAGGUGAAGUUACUUCAGUUUGGUCAGAUCCUGACCGCUGCUACACACAGGCCCACACAAGUUACUGAGAGAGAUCUUGAACACUGCUGAUGGAUAUAAAAAUGGACAACUUUACUACACCCUCCACAGCUCCUCAGGAAAGUGACUGUGACCUCUAUGCACACCAUGGCACAGCCAGGAUAUUAAUGCCUCUGCAUUAUAGCAUUGUCUUCGUAAUUGGGCUUGUGGGAAACUUGUUAGCCUUGGUUGUCAUUGUUCAAAACAGGAAGAAAAUCAACUCUACCACCCUAUAUUCAACAAAUCUGGUGAUUUCUGAUAUACUUUUCACCACUGCUUUGCCUACACGGAUAGCCUACUAUGCCCUAGGCUUUGACUGGAGAAUCGGUGAGGCCUUGUGCAGGAUAACUGCUCUCGUGUUUUACAUCAAUACAUACGCAGGUGUGAAUUUCAUGACCUGUCUAAGCAUCGACCGGUUCUUUGCCGUGGUGCACCCUCUGCGAUACAACAAGAUGAAAAGAAUUGAGCAUGCAAAAUGCAUUUGCAUAUGUGUCUGGAUUCUAGUAUUUGCCCAAACGCUCCCACUACUCAUAAAAUCCAUGUCAAAGCAGGAGAAUGAGAGGACGACAUGCAUGGAAUACCCAAACUUUGAAGAAACAAAAUCUCUCCCCUGGAUUCUGCUUGGUGCAUGUUUCAUAGGAUAUGUGCUUCCGCUCAUAAUUAUUCUCAUCUGCUAUUCUCAAAUCUGUUGCAAACUCUUUAAAACUGCCAAACAAAACCCACUGGCUGAGAAGUCCGGCAUAAACAGAAAGGCCCUCAACACAAUAAUUUUUAUAAUUGUUGUGUUUAUUCUCUGUUUCACACCUUACCAUGUAGCAAUUAUUCAGCACAUGAUCAAGAAGCUUCGUUUUCCUGAUCUCCUGGAAUGUAGCCAAAGACAUUCAUUCCAAAUUUCUCUGCACUUUACCGUAUGCCUCAUGAACUUUAACUGCUGCAUGGACCCUUUUAUAUAUUUCUUUGCAUGUAAAGGGUACAAGAGAAAGGUUAUGAAGAUGCUGAAACGUCAAGUCAGUGUAUCAAUUUCCAGUGCUGUGAAGUCAGCCCCUGAAGAAAACUCACGUGAAAUGACAGAAACUCAAAUUAUGAUACAUUCCAAGUCUUUAAAUGGAAAAUAAAAAGCAAUUAAAUGUUGGAUUUAUAGCAAAGUAAACUAUAUGACAAACUUUGCAGGACUUUUCUUAUAAACCAAAAUGAUUAUUCAACUUCCAAUUAGGAUUCUUUUAAAUUCCUUUCUUGGGGCACUAUUUCCCACCUCCAACUUGGAAGUAAACUGAUAAAUAUGUAUUUUUUUAUACUCAACAGAACAACAUAAAACAAAGUUUUAAUUUGUAAAUGGAAUGUUAUACCAAAAGGGAGGCUAUUUUAAUAACUCUCAGUAUAAAAAGGAAAGUUUUGUGUAAAUGAAAAAUUUAAUCAUUUACAUUUCUUGCCAAUGAUUUGGCAAAAGUAAAAAGACUGUUAAGUUUGUAUAUAGCCAGUGUAAAAAUGUUAAUAUUGUAACAUAUUUCUUUUUUUGAUAACGUAUUUCUUCAAUUGUGUUUUUUUUUUUUUUUACUCUCAGACUUUAUUUCCUCAAUAACACAUGCUUUUUGUUUUGAGUCAUUAAAUUUUGUUUCAAAGAACUCUUUUGGAAUAAAUAGGAUUCUACAAAAUUA